GGGUCACGGUUCCUCCUCACACUAGAACCAGCAUGGCAGCGAAGAGCAAGAGGCACAUACAUUCCGACCCGGUUCGGUCCGAAGAAAGGGUUUUGCAGCAGGAGGAGGAUGAGGAGGGAGGAGGUGAGGACGAGCUGAGCCUAGAGGAGGUCCUGCGGCUCGGAGGCACUCGGGCGGAUUACGUCCUCCUCGCCGGCAUCAAUGACUCUAACGAGCUCAUCGAUGGAGGCAAGAAAGGCGCCAUCGACGACCUGGAGGAGGGCGAGCUCGAAACCUUCAUCACCAAACUGGGCAUCCGGGCCUACGCCGAGCAGCAGAACAUCCCCGACGGAUCGGACGACGGCACAGCUGGAGGCCAAGUCAAGGAUCAGGAGGCUGGAGGCCAGGUCAAAGGUCAGCAGGCAGCAGCUGAGAAGGAACCAAGCAGCUCUCAGAAAAAAGACGGAAAACAGAAGAAGAAGAAGACAGAACCCGAUCUGCUUUCAUCCCAGACCAAGCCCAAGCAGAAUCAAAACCGCUUUGAGUUCCAGCCCCGACAUGUUCUACUCAUCAAACCUGGAGGGAAGUGGUAUGAGCUAGAGUAUGCCUCCGAGGGCUCAUCGGAACCACAGGAUCCUGUUCUGGUGAACCUGUACCAAACUCUGGCUCAGCAGCUGCUGGAGUCCGAGGUGGAGCUGUACAGAACCAAGAAGAACCUGCAGAAAGGAGCCAACUCGGCCUGGAUGAAGACGGUUGUGUCCUCGGGUGUACUGGCUGACAGGAUGGCGGCUCUGACAGUUCUGAUCCAGGACGCUCCGGUCCACUCGUUGGACCACGUGGAGACUCUGGUGAGCAUGGUGUCAAAGAAAGGUGGGCGCCGGACGGGUCUGAUGGCACUGGACACGCUGCGCGAGUUGCUGCUGUCCAACCUGCUGCCAGAGGACAGGAAGCUCCGCCCCUUCGCCCAGCAUCCCUUCCACCAACUAGAGGAUCGGGUCAGUGGGAACCGGGCCUCCCGGGACCGCCGCCUUGUCCUUUGGUACUUCGAGCACCGUCUGAAGCUCCUCGUGGCCCGGUUUGUAUCAGCACUGGAUGCCACGGCCCGCGACACGGUGCCGGCCGUAAAGGCGAAGGCGCUCGGCACUGCCUACGAGCUUCUGAGCGGCCGACCCGAACAAGAGCGGGCCCUGCUGGUCCAAGUGGUCAACAAGUUGGGAGACCCCGCCUAUAAGAUGGCCGCCAAGGCAUCACACCUGCUGGAGGCGCUGCUGCGGCGCCAUCCCAACAUGAAGGUGGCAGUCUGCGGAGAGGUAGAGCGCCUUGUGUUCCGACCUAACAUUGGCACCAAGGCCCGGUACUACGCAGUCUGCUUCCUGAACCAGGUGGUUCUGAGCCACGAUGAGUCAGAGCUCGCAUCCAGGCUCCUCUCACUUUAUUUCUCCUUCUUCCGGACCUGCAUCAGAAAGGGCACCGUGGAAUCCAAAAUGCUAAGUGCCCUGCUGUCUGGCGUGAACCGAGCCUACCCAUAUGCCGGUGCUGGAGACCAGAAGGUCAAGGAGGAGCUGGACUCUCUGUUCCGGGUCGUCCAUCUGACCCGGUUCAACACCGCAGUGCAGGCGCUGAUGCUGUUAUUCCAGGUUCUGGACUCGCAACAGAGUGUGUCGGAUCGCUUCUACGUGGCCCUGUACAGGAAGCUUCUGGAUCCAGGUCUGUCGGGCUCCUCCCGGCAGAACAUGUUCCUGAACCUGCUCUACAAGUCCAUGAGGUCCGACGUGGCGCCGAGGCGGGUCGGAGCCUUCAUCAAGAGGCUGCUGCAGGUCGGCGCUGAGCAGAACCCCAGCUUCACCUGCGGAGCGCUCUUCCUGGUGUCCGAGGUUCUGAAGGCUAAACCAGGCCUGAAAAAUCUACUGCAGGAAAGUGAGGUCAGAGAGGAUGAGGAGGACUUCAAAGACAUCUUGGAGGAGGAUGAUGAAGAAGACAACUUUGUGGAUGGAACUGGAGACGGGUCGGAUCCACCGAAGGUCAAACCCACAGCAUCGUGGAUUCAUCACCAGAACCUGGAAGGACAAAGUUCUGAGAAGUACGACCCGCUGCACAGGAACCCGCUGUUCUGCGGCGCCGACCACACCUCGUUAUGGGAGUUACACAGGCUCGCUCAGAACUUCCACCCAUCUGCGGCGCUGUUCGCUCAAACCCUCCUGCAGGGAGACUCUAUCCAGUACUCCGGAGACCCGCUCCAGGACUUCACCCUCAUCCGGUUCUUGGACCGCUUUGUCUUCAGGAACCCCAAACGGCUGAAAGGAAAGAGAAGCAGUGAUUCUGUGGUGAUGAGACCCAAACAGAGGUCACCUGUGAACUCGGUACCAGUCAACUGUCCUGAGUUCCUGUCCAAAGAUGAGAGUCAGAUUCCCGUUGAUGAAAUCUUUUUCCAUCGAUUCUUUAAGAAACGGCAGCAGGACAAACUGAGCCGGCGUCCAAGAAGAGACGGAGAUGAUGAGAGUGUGGAGGACGUGGACGAUGAUGAAUUUGAGAAACUUCUGGACUCGGCUGAAGGAGACUCGUAUUUUACCGACGUGGCUGAAGAUCAUCUGGACUUCGCUGGAAACGUGAAGGGUCAAAGUGGGGAGGACAACUCUGACUCGGAUGACCUGGACGAUGAGGAGGUGUCUCUGGGCAGCAUGGACGAGGAAGACUUUGGCUUGGAGCUGGAGGAGGAAGGGGGCACCUUUGUGGAUCCUGAUGAAGAUGAUGGUCCAGAGCUGGAGGAGCAGGACGAGGCGGUACCUGAGGACGAGCAGAUGGAAAGUCCUGACGUUGCUCCUCAAACCACGAAGAAGAGGAAGUCCUCGGAGCAGCGGAACUUCUCAGGACCUUCAGGGAAGAAGCCAAAGAAAGAUGCAGCGGCCAUGUUUGCUUCUGCUGAGGAGUUCGGCUCGCUGCUGGACGAGAACGUCCACUCCAGGUUCCACAGCAUCGGCCUCGAUGCCAUGGCCACCACAGACCAAGCAGGUGUGAAGCAGCUGGAGUGGGAGGCUCAGAGGGACGACUGGAUCCACGGCCGCGAUGCCAGGACCCUACGCCGGAGGAAGACCUUCUUCAGCAGGAAGAAGACCCCCGGCCCGGCCCGCAGGUCCAGGAAGAACAAGUAGUCCCUGGUGGUGGACUCCUUCAGUUGUGUUUGGCAGACCAGUCCUCGUGGUCCCUCUCCCGGAUCCCGUAGACCCCGGCCAUCUCAUUGGAGCAAUAAAAAACUGCAAGAGGAGAAGAACCUCAGCUGGACCCACAACAAGCUCCUUCUGUCACAUGAUAUGUGUCUUUGUGGAGUGUUUCAGAACCUCCUGAGUCCAGUUCAGGGUCCUGAGGCUGGACUCAACAGUCCUACUAAAUAAAUAGAGGUUUUUGAGUUGGAAAUAAAAAA